GAUUAACGUGAUAAUUACGGAGUAUUGCAUUCAGUGCAUUGAUUUUUGUACCCUGCAGCUUGCUGCUCUGAACACCUUUUUCUCCUCACUUCACUUUAUCUCUGAACACCUUUCUCUCUCCCUCUUUCUCUCUUAAUGAAGAAACAGAUCUCUACUUCCUUUUCUUCCUCUGACUGACUCUCUUUUCUGAACCGGAUUACCGGCUUUUCGCUCCAUAAUCAUCAUUUCCACUUCUCUCCGAUUUCUCCUUCCAUACACGGCAGCCGCGGCGGCGGCGCCACAAUGCCCUCCACCGCCUAUCUCUUCCAUCUUCUUCCCCUGUUCUUCUGCUUCUCUGCCUCCGUCUCCUUUGAGGGUCGUCGCAUUCUUCAUCAACCAUUUGUUCCCAUAGAUUCGCUUCCUUCUUCUUCGCCACCCGUUCAUCCGCCUCCCGCCCCUGCCGCUCCGGAUUUACCCUUCUCCCCUUCUGCGCAGAACAAUAUCCCUUUCUUUCCGGAAGUCUCUACCCCUCCCCCGCCGGCUUCUCCGGCGCCUAUCUCUUCCAUUCCGGCAAAUCUCACCUCUACUGAUGCCCCGCAUGCCUUGAGACCCAGGAAGGCCUCGAAGCUCGUUGCCGCCGCCGUCGGUUGCGUUAUUGCAGCCGUGGUAGUAGUCUCCAUUGCAGUUGCCUUGCAUCUGCUGAAGAUACGGAAGCCUUCUUCCAGUGAGUCCAAACCAGAGAGAUCCAUUACCAGUACUCCGUUCGAUAAUGGAAGUAAUAAUCCCAGCGGUGGUAAUCUGACUAAUCUCCAGAAGCUUUCGAGGCCAUCUCAGCGCAGCUCGGAGUUUCUGUACCUGGGGACUAUGGUGAAUUCCCAAGGAGCCAUUGAAUUGCACAAUCCGCAAUACUCGCCGAGCAGCACCACCACCAGCGCUGCGACUUCGAGAAAAUGUGACUCGCCGGAGCUUCAGCCGCUGCCGCCUCUUAUUGGGCGAAGCCUUAGGCAUAAUCAAGAGAAUGGUGAAGCUGGGUCGUUUAGGGACGAAGGUGAUGAGGAAUUCUACUCCCCCAGAGGGUCUUUGGGCGUCGGUAGAGAGAGUUCAAUCGGAACUGGAUCUGCUUCCAGAAGGGCUUUCGCCUCAGCCGCCAUAGAAGUUCAAAAGUUCGGUGGCUUCAACUAUUCAUCUUCCUCGUCUUCAUCCAGUUCACGCUCGGGCUCACCGGAGAGAUCCUUGUCUCUGAGCAUUUCGCCACCGGUAGGUUUGAGCCCAAAAGGCUCAACCCCAAAGUCGCCUGAAUUGAUUGCUUUUCAAACCGGCUUUGCACCUCCACCUUCGGAGACACCGAUUUUUGGUGAACCAUCGGUGAGUCGGAGAGAAACUCAGUCACCGUCUCCUGCCGGUUCAACUUCGCCGGAGAGAGAUUGCAGAAGAAGCUCAUGCUCCUCGUCUCCAACAUCAUCUCACGUUUGGGAACUGAACAUAGAUUCCCCAAUUCCACAUUCGCCUACGAGAACAGGCGGUCCUGUUUUUGAUUUUCCUCCAAAAGUGAACAGCCCCGUACCAGACUCUCCAUCUCCGGCGAGAAUGAGUAGCACCGUUAUUGAAUCUCCAUCGAGAAUCAACAUACCAUCUCAGGAGUCUCCUGUGAGAAUCUCCGCUUCUAGCCAUGAACCUUAUAUGACACCCGUUGAAGCAGUCAUGGAGUCUAUCAGCAGCUUAGCUAUUCAAAAUUCUUCUCCCAGACCAAGCAAUAACCUAGUUAUGGAGUCUCCUAUUAGAAAAGGCAACAAUAUUACUAUUCCUUCUUGGCCACCUCCUCCACCUCCCCCGCCCAGAAAACAGUGGGAGAAUCCAGUAACUGCUAACCCUAAACCUAAAAACCCUGUAUCUGAACCUCCCGUCUUGGUAAGUUCUUUAAGGCCAAUAUCUAUGGAGAGCCUGAUAUCAAUUUCUCCAAUCCAGUUGCCUUCUCCUUCAGCAAAGCCUGUUGAGAGGAAUUUAGAUAUGGAUGAAAGUUCUUCGCCUGAGAAAAAUGGCGAGACACCAAAGCCGAAACUGAAGACAUUGCAUUGGGAUAAAGUCAGAGCAAGCUCUGAUCGGGAAAUGGUUUGGGAUCAAUUAAAGUCGAGCUCAUUCGAGUUAAAUGAAGAGAUGAUAGAGUCCUUAUUUGUUGUAAAUACUCCUAGUACAAAAUAUCCAAAAGAAGCAGUUCGGCAUUCAACUUUACUCUCAUCAAACCAAGAGAAUAGAGUUCUCGAUCCAAAGAAAUCACAGAACAUAGCGAUUUUGCUUAGGGCCUUAAAUGUCACCACUGAGGAAGUAUGUGAUGCUCUUUUAGAAGGAAAUGCAGAUACCCUUGGUACUGAGCUUCUAGAGAGUUUAAUGAAGAUGGCUCCAACUAAAGAAGAGGAGCGUAAGCUUUUAGCUUAUAAAGAUGAUUCACCAUUCAAGCUUGGACCAGCAGAGAAAUUUUUGAAGACAGUGAUUGAUAUACCUUUCGCAUUCAAAAGAGUUGAUGCAAUGCUCUAUAUUUCCAAUUUCGAAUCUGAAACUGAUUACCUACAAAAGUCCUUCCAAACACUUGAGGCUGCAUGUGAAGAGUUAAGGGGCAGCAGAAUGUUCUUCAAGCUUUUGGAAGCUGUCUUGAAGACUGGGAACCGAAUGAAUGUGGGGACCAAUCGCGGAGAUGCACAUGCCUUCAAACUCGACACCCUGUUGAAGCUAGUAGAUGUCAAGGGAACGGAUGGGAAAACGACUCUCUUACAUUUUGUCGUUCAAGAGAUCAUAAGAAGUGAAGGUGUUCGUCUCUCCAAUCUGUGUUCAUCAGAGCUAACAAAUGUGAAGAAAGCUGCCACCAUGGAUUCAGACGUCCUCCACAGUGAGGUAUUAAAGCUAUCCAAAGGGAUCGAGAACAUCACAGAGGUGGUUGAACGGUUGGACAAAAGUGACAGCCAAAAGUUCUCCGAAUCGAUGAAGAGGUUUACGAAAAUGGCGGAGGAAGAGAUUGUGAAGCUCCAAGCCUUAGAAAGUGUAGCGAUGUCUCUAGUGAAGGAGAUCACCGAGUACUUCCAUGGGAAUUCGGCCAGAGAAGAAGCUCACCCUUUCAGGAUUUUCAUGGUGGUGAGGGACUUUUUGGUAAUACUUGAACGUGUCUGUAAAGAAGUUGGAGCGGUAAACGAGCGAACUAUCACCGGUUCUGCUCACAGGUUCCCGGUUCCAGUUAAUCCCAUGCAAUUUCCAGUUCCAGUUAAUCCCAUGCUGCAGCCAGGGAGACAGCCAUGAAAGUAGGUAGCAAUUUGGAGAAAUGCUUUAGGUAUACCACUUCUACACCAAAUAUGCACAGAUAGAAUUUGGGUAAUGAUUUUGUGCCUCGAGAGUUAGGAAAGAGAUCAGAAAAAAGUGAACUUAUCUCAAAUUUACUUCAAGUGUAUAAUAAGCACAAAUGAAGUGAUUUAGGUAAAUUUGAGGUAGUAUAACUAUUUCCUAAACCUCUUUCUAACCCUUUCUCUACCCAGAUAAUAUACAAGUAUACAACUUACUUUAUAAGCACAGAUAAUAGGCACAAAUAAGAUUUACUUUAUGUCUGGUGUACAAGGAGGCGUAGUUAUAGCAUUUCUCGUUAAUUUUAUGUAUGUACAUUAUUUUUUCUGUUUUUUGAAGCAUAUAAAAUGUAAACGAUUUUGGUCGGCGGUGGAUUAGAGGCAGAUGUAUACGUAGCUUAUUUUCUUGCCAUGAAAAUGAAAACAGCACUUUGGGGGAG